UUGCAAUUCUGUAGUCCAAUAUAUUUAAUUUUUUGUGUUGGCAGUGCUACUAAUUUAGCAAAACGAAAUAUUUUUACAAUCGUGUCAUAUUGUUAAUGGCGGUAGCUUCAAAAAUAAAUUAGUUAUUAAAAUGGAAAUUUAUAAGUUUGAGAAAAGUUUACUUAAUCGCUUAGAUGAAAUAGGAUCAGCUUUAUCAAGACCUGAUGUAUUAAUUAAUGCAACACAAGUGUUUAUUGAGUGGUCGAACUAUAUUGAAGUAAGCAUUGAACCAACAGGUUGGCAAGCCACUUGGAAGGUACCACGCUUAACUUGUGAAAACAUGGAAUUGCCAUAUCCUGUUGUAGUUUUUGGAAUGGUUGAACAAGUGUUAUUUAGAGAUUUGCAAGCUAGUUUUCGUGUAGAAGCCGUACAGGAUAGUAAUAUUCAUUUACCGGAAUAUCAUGUGGUUCGUUUAGAGGACCUUUAUCCGACUAUUAAUCAAGAAAAUACUGAAUUAAAUGUCGAAACAACCGCUGAUGUUAUUGAUGCUUACCGUUUUUUUAUGAAUAAUGUUUGGAUGCCAUGGGACAAUGAAUUGAAUGAGGAUAUUAGUUGGGUUGAUAAGCAUUUAGAAUCACGUAUACGCUUCUGCUAUGAUUUACGUAGCACGGCAAUGAAUCGUCCGCUUGCAGCGCAUAUAAAAGCAUUGCUUAAUGAAGCCAGGUGCAUUCAAGAACGCAAAGAACAUUUGGAAAUGAAUUUAAGUGAAAAGGACGAAAAUUUGGAAAAUGAAGUAAAAAAUGUUGAAAUUACAGAAUUAAUGAAUCUACAUUUACGUUUGUCAACAAUACGUGCCAAAGUGGAAUUAUUGGAAAAUCCUGAAAUGCGUGCAGCAUAUGAAGAUUUGCACUUUAAAGAAGUAAAAAAAUUACAAACAUUGGCGAACAGUUCUAAAAGCGAUGUUGCUUUCGUGGUUUCAAGUCCUACCAAAAUUACUGACCACAUUAAUGUAUUAUCAAAAGUUAAGCAACAUGUAAAAAAAGAUUGUCUGAUACAUAUGAGCGCAUCAUUAGAGGACGCACUCUCCAAAUAUUGUUCAAUAUGGAAAAUAUUUCUCUCACCUGGUAAUCAUCCCAUUAAAUUCUUAGAACAUCUUCAUAGUGGGCAUAUUUUUGGUCUGCCGGAAAAUUCAAAUUUUAAUGAGAGUAGCUUAAAUGUCGACCAAUUAACAAGUACUGAUGUUGUCAUUUACUCUUCUGAUGCUGAAAGUGUGUUACUUGUACUGAACGGUAAUUUCACCUUUGAAAACAUUGUGUUUCAGUGCAAUAAAGUACGCUUAUGCAUGGUAGUAAAAACGGGUAAUUUGCGUUUAAAAAAUUGCCGUUUAAUUGGUAAUGGAAAGUCAAGCACACAACAGGGUAUUUGCUGUGGUGGCAAUGCACAAGUCACAUUGGAAAAUUGUCUGAUUGAAAACUUUGCUACUGGCAUUACGUUAAGUGGCAAUAGUUCACUAACACUAAGUAAAACGCAAAUUGCUAAUUGCUUUACUGGUUUGGAUUGGACUAAUCAAACGAGUAAAGUGCAUUUUAAUGAAACAACCAUAAGCAAAGCUAAACAGUACGGCAUUUAUAUACCUACUUUAGCCAUGCCUGAUAAUAAUAUAUCAACUUUGGAAUUAAGCUGCUUACUCGAUUUAAAUAAAUAUGAUGUGAUCCUGCCCUAUACGGGCUUUUGCGGUUUCAAUAGAUGCGCAAAGAAUGUUCAUGUUAUAAAUUCUAAUAUUUCGCUUGAGCACGUACAUGAGCACGAAGAAUAGUAAUAUUAUUAACUUUAUACAUUUUUUUAAGCUAUAAAUUAGUUAUAUAUGUUUAAAAAAAAUUAUAUUAUAAUUACUCCAUAUUGACAAAAGUUUUAUAAUUAAAUCAUCGACGUGAAGUUUGUAACCAAAAUUAGUUUGUUUUAUUUAAUUUAAC